AUGUUUGAUGCAACUUGCAAAGUUAUCAAUACUAUCUUUGAGGAAGGGGCUAAUUAUAAACAACGUGGUGAUGCCGAGGGAGUUUAUCAGGAUCUUUUAAAUGCCAUGCAUUUAGUUUCAACUACAAAAUCACUUAUUCAAAAGUUGAGAGAUGAUGGAUGGGAGCCUUUAUUUGCUAGUGUUACAUCAUUUUGUGGACAACAUGAAAUUGAUAUUCCUGAUUUAAAUGCUUGUUACACUAAAGCUCGAGGUAGAUACCGUCAUCAAGAUGAAGCUUUGACAAUAAUAGAACAUCAUUUAAGAAUUGACAUAUUUACAGUUGCAACCGAUUUUCAAUUGCAAAAAUUGAAUAGUAGAUUUUGUGAGCUAACAGCAAAUCUUCUCACUCUUAGUUCAGCAUUAAAUUCUAAGGAUGCUUUUAGAUCAUUCAAAAUUGAUGAUAUUUGCAAUUUGGCUGAAAAUUAUUAUCCUCAAGAUUUCACUGAACAGAAAAUUUGCCUUUUGAAGCAUCAAUUGCAACAUUAUGAGCUUGAUGUGACAAAACAUCUAGAUUUUCAUAACAUGGGUACAAUAUCUGAGCUAUGUAGGGGAUUAGAAAUUUUAGGGAAGUCUAAAUUCUAUCAUUUAAUUGAUAGACUGAUUUGUCUUAUGUUGACUCUCCCAGUUUUUAUAGCAACUACAAAACGAGCUUUUUCAGUUAUGAAACUAUUAAAAACAAGACUUCGCAAUACAAUGGAGGAUGAACUUUUGACAGAUAAUAUGAUAGUUUAUAUAGAAAAUGAAAUUGCUGGGAAUUUCACAUGGAAAUGA